ACAGCGGCACGCCACGGAGUGUCGAGUGACACACUGACACAGCAGCAGCAGAACAGAAGGCACCGCACCGCGCCGCUUCCCCAGUAUCCAAGCCAUCUUGGCUUCCCUUAAGGCCCUUAACUCUCUUCUCUACCGACAAACGCCAAGCUCUCACGCGGUCACGCCACGCGCCCCGAUCAGCGCCGGUCGGGUGCGGUGCAGCUAGCACGGCAUGGCGAUGCCUCGAGCCACCGCAGCGAUCUGCAGGCAACGGCGGGCCGGCGCCUCCUACCUCCAGCUGCCAGUGGCGAGGUCCAUGGCUUCGUGGUUCGGUCACGUGGAGACGGCCGCCAAGGACCCCAUCCUCGGCGUCACCGAGGCCUUCCUCGCCGACCCUUCGCCCGACAAAGUGAACGUCGGCGUCGGUGCGUAUCGAGACGACAACGGGAAGCCCGUCGUGCUACAGUGCGUGCGCGAGGCGGAGCGGCGCAUCGCCGGGAACAUGAACAUGGAGUACCUUCCGAUGGGAGGAAGUGUGAACAUGAUUGAGGAAUCACUGAGGCUCGCUUAUGGGGAAGAUUCUGAGUUCAUCAAAGAUAAGAGGAUUGCGGCAGUGCAGACUCUUUCAGGGACUGGUGCAUGUCGCCUGUUUGCAGAUUUUCAGAAAAGAUUCUUGCCGGAUUCACAUAUCUACAUACCUACCCCUACAUGGGCCAACCAUCACAACAUUUGGAGGGAUGCCCAGGUACCACAAAGAACAUUUGCCUAUUACCAUCCAGAGUCAAGAGGACUGGACUUUGCAGGCCUGAUGAAUGAUAUCAAGAAUGCUCCAGAUGGUUCCUUCUUUCUGCUUCAUGCUUGCGCUCACAAUCCCACUGGGGUAGAUCCUUCAGAGGAACAAUGGAGGGAGAUUUCGUAUCAGUUCAAGGUGAAGAACCAUUUCCCCUUCUUCGACAUGGCAUACCAAGGAUUUGCCAGUGGUGACCCAGAGAGAGAUGCCAAGGCAAUUCGGAUCUUUCUUGGAAAUGGACACCAAAUUGGAUGCGCACAGUCAUAUGCAAAAAACAUGGGACUUUAUGGACAAAGAGCAGGUUGCCUCAGUAUUCUCUGUGACGAUGAGAUGCAAGCAGUUGCUGUGAAGAGCCAAUUACAACAGAUUGCCAGACCUAUGUACAGCAACCCUCCCGUUCAUGGUGCAGUAAUUGUUUCCACCAUCCUUGGUGAUCCGGCACUGAAAAGCUUAUGGCUGAAAGAGGUCAAGGUUAUGGCCGAUCGCAUCAUUGGAAUGCGGAAUUCACUUAAAGAGAGCCUUGAAAAGUUGGGUUCACCAUUAUCAUGGGAACAUAUCACUAAUCAGAUUGGCAUGUUUUGCUACAGUGGGAUGACACCUGAACAAGUUGAUCGUUUAACAAAUGAAUUCCACAUAUACAUGACUCGUAAUGGGAGGAUAAGCAUGGCUGGCGUAACAACAGGCAAUGUUACCUAUUUGGCUAACGCUAUUCAUGAGGUCACCAAGUCAAAUUAAGAUCCCCUUUUUCCUGCCGAAAUAAGUUUCAGGUGGCUUGUAAUUAAUCUGUUUUAAACAAAUUUUCUGACCAUGACAAUGUCAGAUGGUGAAAUAAAUCUGUCCCAUAUGGCCAUAUGCUAUGAACUAUGGGCAUCUAAAUAUUGAUUUGUUUUAUUGGAAUGUAUUUUUUUUGGAAAAAGGAGGAUAUGCUAUGAA